GGUCCCCCGAGUAGCGAGUGCGGCGCCGCUGACGGGAGCCGGGCCUGCCACGGGCCGCCGGAACUCGGCGCGCCGGCGGGGUUAAAGGUCUCCGCGGUUCGGAGGUCACAGGCUGCCGGCGCGGAGAUGGCGGACAAGGAGAAGAAGAAGAAGGAGAGUAUUCUCGACCUUUCCAAGUACAUAGAUAAAACUAUCCGUGUGAAAUUUCAGGGAGGGCGAGAAGCUAGUGGGAUUUUGAAAGGGUUUGACCCGCUCCUCAAUCUUGUAUUGGAUGGAACUAUAGAGUAUGUGAGAGAUCCAGAUGACCAAUACAAAUUGACUGAAGACACACGCCAACUUGGCUUGGUUGUGUGCAGAGGGACUUCAGUUGUUCUAAUCUGCCCGCAAGAUGGCAUGGAGGCCAUUCCAAACCCUUUCAUCCAGCAGCAGGAUGGUUAGCUUGGAAAUGUCUCAUCUCCAGAUCUCAGGAUUUUGAUGUAGUUGGUUUUAUCCAUUAGCCAAAGCUGAUGUGUUUGAUAGGUCUUAUAAUAUCACCAGCACUGAGAGGUUUCUAAAUGUGCUAAACAGGACAAGUGGUUUGGGUGGCAAGCAAGAGUUUGCACUCUUCUUUUUCAUAUACAGAUUAACUUAUUGCCAAGUUAUGUAUUAACAGUACUGGUUCUAUUGCCAGUAAUCUGAGAAGUGGUGUAUUUUCACAUGGCAGUGGUCUGUAACACAGUGGAACUAGCUCCCAGAAAUGAAGCUCAGCCAGUGCAAACGAGCAAAAAAAAACUGCAGAUUUUGCAAAUCUUAAAUAAUAGCAGAAAGUGCGUAAUACUUAGCAAGUCAGGCAUCAUCAGUGGAGAGAGAAACAGUUAAUGUUUCAGAUUGAUGACCUUUUUCAAGGUCAUUGUCUAAAACAUUAACUAUUUUUCUUUCUCCACAGAUGCUACUUGACUUGUUAAGUAUUCCCAGUAUUUUCUGUGCUUUAUUUCAGAAUACUGAGCUCCCUCUGGCACUGGAGUCGUAACACACUGCAAGCCCCAGCUGGAUCUACCCACAACAAUCACUAGUGAAAGACACUUUUGUUACAAAAAACAGCUGAUUUAGAAACCUGCAGUUUUAUACUUUUCAUUUACAUUGUUUAUUUAAAAUGAACCAACACUUCUGGAGUUGCCUUUUAUUUUCUCAAGCAACUUUUACUCUAUUCCUUUUUUUAAAAAAAAUAAAACUGUUGAAUAGUUAUUCCAGAUGUUUGUGAAUAACAUUUCAGUAACUUGUGUUGGGAGUCUUGCAUAGAAACUUCAUUUAAUGUAAGUCUCUUUUGAGAUUUGGUUUGUUCCCUUGUUUACUUUUUGAAGCUGGACGUGGAUGUUAAACGUUGUCCAAUGUGUACAAUAAACUCUUGUUUUUCCAGUA